UGUCACAUGACGGUCACACAGGUCGCGGGAAAACCCGAGAUCAGCUGGGAUCGUGAGAACUUCAAGUUUACCGGACGGUAUAAACAGUCAGACAACAGCGUCUGUCUCUGCAACUGGACCAGAAAAAUCUUCCGUAGCCUCCAGUAAAAUUAUAACAUUCGUGUUUAUGUAUAUAGCGAUGUGUGCAUCUUACUACUGUAACGCGAGUGGUGACUUCAGAUGCCUCCUAUAGCCGUAACACUUGUGUGUGAAAUUUCUCGGUCCAGCUAUAUGGGCAGCCCGCCACUAUAGGUUAAACAGGGACAGGGCUAGUCCGUGUGUCGUUAUUUAAGGUCAUGACUGAACGACUGUUUAAGAUUCUGAUCAUCGGAGACGCCACAGUCGGCAAGACGUCAUUCGUGCAGCGUUACGUCAACGACUCGUUCAAGAGGGAGUACAAGGCGACGGUGGGAGUUGAUUUUGCACUUAAGGUCAUCCAAAUUUCAGAAGAGGACACAAUUAGAUUUCAGUUAUGGGAUGUUGCAGGUCAGGAAAGAUUCACAUCAAUGACCAGAGUUUACUACAAGGAUGCCUCAGCCUGUGUUAUCAUCUUUGACGUCACGGCCAAACAGACAUUCCACAACUGCUUAAAGUGGAAAAAGGACUUAGACUCUAAAGUCUCUCUACCUGAUGGGCGCUGUGUACCAUGUAUGCUGCUAGCAAAUAAGAUUGAUUUACAAGAAAAAGCAGUGACAGAAGAGGAAGUGAAUGAGUUUUGUAAGGAAAACAACUUUAUAGGAUGGACGGAGAUCUCAGUCAAGGAUAAUGUUAAUGUGAAGGAGUCCAUGAAUUUCCUGCUAGAAGAGAUCCUGGCCAGACACACGGACACCCAGCCCCAGAGGAACAUGGAGGCAGAGGGGGAGGGGGGUCACAUCAAGCUCAAGGACAAUGCCAAGCAGGCUAAGGAAGGGAGGAGUUGCUGUGGAAGUUGAUAUGUCUUUUUAGCCUUCAUAGCAUGCCAAAAACUGGGGGUUUGGGGGGUCUUUGGGAGUUUUUAUGUGCUAUUUUCUGAUUGCAUCAACUGACAACAUAGC